UUUUUUUUUUUGUCUUGGGGCGUCGGCUGUCUUGACUGCUGCACCUCGGGGUGUUUUCCUGCUUCUGCAGAUCAUGGUUCUGUUUUACUUCUUUUUCUAUACUUUCUGCUCAGUUGUACAUAUAUCGGCAUUCAAAAGUUUGCUUUCGGGGGGCAUGGUAAUGGUGUUAAUGAGGGGCUGGUGUUGGUUCUCUAUAGUGUUUUUUUCCCCCUUGAUUGGGGCGGUGGGGGGAGGCGUAUACUAAAUGGAGCGGCAGGCAAGACCGCUCAGUAGCUGGCUAGGCCUACUUACAUAUAUAGGGAUGAACUUUGCGAUGGGUAUAUGGAAGAGGGCGAUGAUACGACUUGGUAUGACUUGAAAGGGUCAAGGACGCUGACGGAUGUUGUACUACGUUUAUACCCUAGUGUUUUGCUCAGCUGGUCAGGCACGCAGAAUAUAGAGAGCCCUCUGGAUGAGGGCCUCAAGGAACUGGAGACGCUUGAAAAAAGAGCCUUGCC